GUUGGAAGCUAACGUUAGCCUAGCCAAGAUGACGACGGCCAUGAUGGCGGACGGUUCCCGUUAUUUCCAGCUGCGGCGAUGGCAUCUGAUAAAUAUCACUUUGUUUUAGGACACAGUCUGCUUCUAGAGCAUGGUUUUAGUUAACAAUCAGUUGACUGAAUCUAAAACGACACACUGAGCCCAUGACUGGCUCUUUAACGAGCUCAGUAUUUAAACAGAAAAAGGUCGUGUUGGCAAAUGGAAGGUGAAGUUGCUGAAGUGCGUUUUAUAUUCGUACGAAAAAUCCAACAGUGAAAGUAACCUUCUUCAUGGGUAACCCGGAAUAGACGAAUGACAAACAUACUUCAGGCUCCAGAUCGCAAUGUUGUUGGAGGCUUUAAUGUCACAGUCAGGUUAACGUAGCAUUUCAGCAUUUAUUAGCGAUUGUGAUAAAGCUAUGACUCCUGAAUAACAUUCACAACCAGCAAGAGCAGUGCAUUCUGACAAACUCUGAGCAGUUUCAUGGAAAGUUACCAUGGGUGGCCAUGAUGAUGAAGAUAUGCCAUAUGUUGUGAAUAAACAAAAGCAAGAGGAAGAGCUAAAGAACAAGCUGAAUGACAGCAGCCACUGGUGCGACCAGGAGUCAACUGGCAACAACGCCAAAUGGGUUAAAGAAGGCCAGAACCAGCUGCGGAAAGUAGCCGAGAACCAGCAGGACCAGGACCACAACUGCAAUAUCAGCCAGAAUGGCAACAAGGAAGAUUUCUCUCAACAGAACACUACUCAGGAAGAACAACAGGGAAACGAGGAGCAGACCAAGUCUCCUAAAAUAGCAAUGACCCCUGGUCUCAGUCAGGAGGAGUCAAAGAACAUCCUUAAUGAGCCGCUACUCAUCAACACUCUGGAGUCCACAGAAGAGAAAGAUAAAGAGAGAGAAGAGGAUGGUAAAGAGAAGGAAAACAAAUCAGAGGAAGAUAAGGAGACAUCAGGUGAUACCAGAGGAGACAGAGUGACAGAAGAACACGGUAAUGUGGAGUCUCAGAGAGAAGGCAGUGUUGUGGGGAGAAAUGCCUGCCUCCUCUUCUCCAACAUGAACGGGACACCAAGUGAUGAAGAGUCCAGCUGGCCUGCACUGUCUCAGGAUAACACAGCUGACAGCUCUCCAAAUGGCAACAGAGAGUCCUUUUGGGACUCCAGUGCUUUUGAGACGGACACAGACCUGCCUUCAGGAUGGAUGAGAGUGCGAGAUACGUCAGGCACAUACUACUGGCACAUCCCUACAGGCACCACCCAGUGGGAGCCGCCUUCACCCCUGGGUAAAGUUGGUGACUCCAUGAUGUCGUCCACUAUGUCCCUUGAGACUACACCCUGUGAGGAGCCUGAGGAAUCCUGGGUUCACCUUUCCAGCACAGAUGACGGAGCUGGUGAAGGGGAACUGUGGAAGGAGGAGGGAGAGGUUGCAUCUGAUCAAAGUCUGAAGGAGUUUGAAGGAGCAACUUUACGCUAUGCAUCCAUCAACCUGAACUACAAUUGCUCCCAGUCUGAGGAAGAAGAGAAACUGGCUCCACUCUGCACAGAUAUAGAAACCAAGUGUUUUGCGGUGCGAUCCCUGGGCUGGGUAGAGAUGUCUGAGGAAGACAUGGCACCUGGCAAGAGUAGUGUUGCCGUCAACAAUUGCAUCAGGCAGCUCUCUUAUCACAAACACAACCUUCAUGACACCGCUGGGAUCUGGGGAGAGGGUAAGGACAUGCUGAUGGUGCUGGAGAAUGACACGAUGAACUUGAUUGACCCACUGGGCCAAACUCUGCUUCAUGCUCAGCCAAUUGGCAGCAUCCGUGUCUGGGGUGUAGGCAGAGACAACGGCAGGGAUUUUGCUUAUGUGGCUCGAGACAACCUGACCCAAGUUCUGAAGUGUCAUGUUUUCCGCUGUGACUCACCUGCCAAGAACAUCGCCACCAGCUUGCAUGAGAUGUGUUCAAAGAUAAUGAUGGAGAGAAAGGCGACCAGACCAGGGGUGAGCAGGCUCAACUCUGACCCAGAUGCGGUCAUCCCUGUUGAAGAGUUUCCUGCUCCAAAAAAUGAACUCUUCCAGCGCUUCCAUGUUUAUUACCUUGGUUGUGAGCCUGUGGCAAAGCCAGUUGGUAUGGAUGUAAUCAAUGAAGCGUUAGAGGCAGCCAUUAAUGGCAAAGAUAAAAAUGAUUGGACUCCUGUCUCUGUGAAUGUUGCACCAGCCACUCUCACAAUACUUUCAAAACAGAAUGAGGAGGUGCUGUCAGAGUGCAGGGUGCGUUUCUUGUCUUUCAUGGGUGUGGGGAAGGAUGUCCACACCUUCGCUUUCAUCAUGGCGGAGGGUCCCCGAGAUUUCACUUGCCACAUGUUUUGGUGCGAACCCAACGCUGCCAGUCUGAGUGAGGCUGUACAGGCUGCCUGCAUGCUUCGCUACCAGAAAUGUUUGGAUGCACGUCCACCCAGCCUAGCCUCCUGCCUGCCCACUCCUCCUGCUGACUCUGUGGCUCGACGGGUCAAGAAGGGGGUGCAGAGUCUGCUGGGCAGCUUUAAGAGCUACAGGUCUGGCUCUCAAUCCCCUUGAGUCAGAGCGAAGAUGAUGCAAGGUCCAUUACACACAAGGUCCAUCACUACAGCCCCUUCUCACUCUCACAUCCCCUUCUCCUCUCAUCCUUCUGCCACACUUUCGCCUUACGACAGAUUCACUUGUCUAGUCAGUAGUCUAGUAUGUGGAGUAGUUUCUGGGGAAAAUGUGUCUGAAAAUAUUGCAUUAAUUUUUUUUUUUUUGUUUGCUUUUACUUUAUACGACAGUUUUAAACUCUCAUCUCCAAACAGAUGAUCCCCUGGCAUCAAAAUGUUUCUUUGCUGGGAUUCUUUCUGUGAGUCUUAACUAUUUUUGUGUUUUAACAGAAACAUUGCUAUGAAUGUUGGAUAUGGAUGUAAUAUAUUUUACAUGCCGACACUAGAAUUUGCUUGGAAAAGAGGUUGCUAGAUUCUCUCACAGAAUUUGUCUCCUUCCCUUUUCUUCCUUGGUGCAAUUAUCAUCUCCAACACUCCACCUUUUCUACUGUCUAAAGAAGGUACUGUAAUGCAGUCGCUGUCAGAUGGUGUCGAGUAUCCUAAACCUGAUUUUGUAAAACAUCAUUGCACCUCGCUCUACCACCCUAGGUUGUAAUACAAGCGCUGUACGCGUCUCAGUAGUGUGCCACGUAGUUAAAUGUCCCCGACCCUCCCAAACAAUGUAUUUUAGUCUUCCAAAGAACUGUAUGGUCAUCUGUCACAUAGUGAGCAACCACUGAUUUGAGUGUAGUGUGUUUCUCAUACAUUCUGCAUGAACAUUUGCAAGUUCAGUGCUAGUGUGCAAUAAUCAGAUGUUCCUGUAUGGUGUGGUGAUAAGAUGGCUGCAAUGUGAUUAUUUGUUCACUUUAAUGAGAGUCUGAAUCGAUUGGGUGUGAGGCUAAUGGAACAGCAGAGCCAUGUUGAAAAUCAUUAUCUUGUGAUUGAAAUAAUUGUAAUAAGAAAUACAAACUCUGGGUUUUCACACAGCUGUUUACCACCAACAGACUGACUACUGAAUAGUACUGUAGAAACUCACCACAAGCUGCAUGUUUUGAUAGCUUAGAGUUCUUGCUGCCUGCAGCAGUUUAGUGCUUAAGACCCAUCAAUGUAUCCUGUAAAUUCUCUCUCUGUGUUUCUGUAUGGUAAGAGGAGGCUGCAGUUGAUGUGUUGUUUCGUGUUACAUAGGCAUGUCACUCUAGUUAGUGUCAGUGUUUAUCAUAAGCUAGCAGUAGAGAGUUAGACUUCCCGUCAGUUCCUUCAGACCGAAAAGAUGAGAGCAGGUUAAUGUUUGUAUUUACAGUUUGUGUAUAUGGGAAACCAAGAGAUGAUGUCUCCAGUGGUUCACAUCUUUAUUUUUUCCUCUGCCACAUUUCCACGUGUGUGGGCCCCGGCCGCUCCAGUUAAUGUAUUUUUUAUUGUUUCCACACACUACAAUGUACACAGUUGAGAUGAUUUUCACUUUAGCUUGUUAGAUUUACUUUUUAUAAAGAACACACUAAUUAGCCAAGUUGUAUUUUAUCUUUACGUGUCUGUCAGUGAUCAAUACUGUAUGUAGCACAAUAGAAAUAGUCAUAUUAAAGAUGCAGCUAGUAAGAUAUCUUUUGGUAAUUUUGACC